CCCAGUCGCUCUUGGACCUUUUCACUUUUCAUGCCCGGGAGCGUUCGAUGUAAAGGGGGCGUUGCAUGAUACCGCCGUCACGCCCUGAGACCGUCACGUGACGGGCGUGGCUUGACGUGGGCGUGUCAGGCGGCUGCUGGGGAUCUUGGUUUCCGGUGCGGAGAGCGGGGCUGUCAGUCGGUGCCCGGUCAGCGCAGAACUCACAACGCACGAAUCAUGGGGAACAGCGUGGCCAGAGAGGACUUCGAAUGGGUUUAUACCGACCAGCCGCAUGCAGACCGCAGGAAGGAGAUCCUAGCAAAAUAUCCUGAAAUAAAAGCUCUCAUGAAGCCAGAUUACAACUUGGUGUGGAUUGUGUCAUGCAUGGUUUUUACCCAGUUUAUAGCUUUUUAUUUGGUAAAAGACCUGGACUGGAAAUGGCUCAUGUUUUGGACUUACGUGUUUGGAAGUUGCAUCAGCCACUCGAUGACUCUAGCUAUCCACGAGAUCUCUCACAACAGUGCUUUUGGUAACUGCAAAGCUAUGUGGAACCGCUGCUUUGGAAUAUUUGCCAAUCUGCCUAUUGGACUUCCUUACUCAAUCUCAUUUAAACGUUACCACAUGGACCACCACCGAUAUCUGGGUGGGGACGGCAUCGAUGUGGACAUCCCCACAGAUUUUGAGGGUUGGUUUUUCUGCACCCCAAUUCGGAAACUUAUUUGGAUCAUCCUACAGCCCCUAUUUUAUACCAUCCGACCUCUCUGCAUCAAUCCCAAGCCCAUUUCAAAACUGGAAUUGAUCAAUCUGUUAGUGCAGUUUGCUUUUGACAUUGUGGUCUAUCAUUUCUUGGGAAUCAAGGUUAUAGUAUACAUGCUCGUUGGUUCAAUACUUGGCCUUGGACUCCACCCAAUUUCAGGACAUUUUAUAGCUGAACAUUAUAUGUUUUUAAAAGGCCACGAAACUUAUUCCUAUUAUGGGCCACUGAACUAUCUAACCUUCAAUGUUGGCUACCACAAUGAGCAUCAUGAUUUCCCCAGCGUUCCGGGCAAGAACCUGCCUUUGGUGCGGAAAAUUGCAGCUGAAUACUACGAUUCCCUACCCCAGUACACAUCCUGGGUCAAGGUGCUAUAUGAUUUUAUCAUGGAUGAUACCCUCAGCCCAUACUCUCGCAUGAAAAGAAAACUGAAAGGAGAAAUUAAACAAGAGUGAUCCUAAUGGGAAUGUGUUUAACAGCCAGAGACUGUGUGGCCUAUGUCUGUAGAGAAACGCCUUGCAUUCCUCAAAAUCAGUUUGAAGCAUCUGCAGCCUAGCUAGUUAUUAGAUUGACUGGGUCAUUGCCUCCAGGCUGCUAGAUAUUCAAGUCGGAUAGCUGGGUGAAGGUUAGUAACCAGCCUGGGUUGGCAUAAUGACCUAGUUAAUAUCACAUAGUUUAACAGUCUGUACAACAAGUGGUUCCACUCCAGAACAGCUUUACAGUGGUUGCAAAACUGCAACUCCCAUGACGCUUUGCCAACCGGUAGUCUUAUUUGUGCUCAAGACAAUGUUUCAUAGUAAUUUAUUGUCUUUGCCUGGUUAGCCGAUUCUAUACCACAGUUGUGGUAAGUUAAACACCAUGACUAUUUGGUGUGGGAUGUUUAAUUUGUGCUACCUCUCAGAAGCAUUUCAGAUCAGGUCAGUUGGAUGUUAGAAGCAUAAUGUGUAAUGUUUGGUUUACAUUAUCUCUGCAGAUCACUGACUUGUUGUUUAUUUAAAGUGUGUAAAAAGAUGCACUGUAAUGACACCCCCCCCUCCCCCUCCCCUGUUUCUAACCUGUAUAACAACACCUGGACUUCCCAUUGUAUGACUUUAGAUUGGAUUUAGUGACCGAGCCACCUUCACAGGGCAGAGUAUUGGAGUCAGCCUCUCAAAGUACACAUCCCUAACAUUGAAACCCUUCAUUGUAUCCAGUCUUUCCACUUCACACAUUGUCAUGGGAGAAUAUCCAUCAAUGUAACAUGUUCCUCAUCCCUGGCAGGGUACCUGUCCUGGAGAAACCGUUGUUUGUGGGGUUUUUUUCUUUCCACUAAGAGGAAUUGUAAAGAACAGAUCAGAGAACUGCAAGUUUUAGUCAGACUGUGCGGUCUCCAUCUUUGCUAUUCUGACCUAAAACUUGCAGUUCGCUUGUUACUUUAGUUCCUAUUACUAAAAUGGAAACGGUGACAAAUCUGUUUAAAUUAAAUGAAGGUACCCAGUGCCUGUGUAUCUGGGAGUAGCGGAUCUAUUUUACAAAAUAUUCAUAUAUUAUGUUGAUUUCUUUGUCUCUAAGCACUAUCAAGCUUUAAAUCCUGCUUUUUUUUUUUUUUUUUUUUUUUUUUUUUUUUUUUUUUAAAAACACUGUAACUGUUUAGUAACCAUCUUGUUGUCCACCUUACACUCAUUGAAAAAAUUCUUUAGGUUUUUUUUGUCAAGUUGUCAGUAUUAUAAAAUAUUUUCUUGUAAUGACUUAUUAAAACAUUAAAUGAAUCCUUUUA